AUGGGCGAAAGAGGCUUCCUCAUACCACCAUGGUACGUCAGUGAAAGCCCAGAUACAACCAUUAUGAUGAUAUGCAGCAUCAUAUGGGGCUUCUCUUUAUGCUGCGCGGCCUUCACCGCCACGAAAGCAGUGAAACAAUCGUGGCUUGGAUUCCAAAGAGGCAAGCCCGUGUCAGCCUAUACGAUCAUGAUUUGGGCGGAAUGGUCUGCAAGCGUUACGAUCUCGGUCAUCAGCUGGCUAUUCCUCAAAGGAACGUUAGCACCCAGUUUCGAACUGUUUUUCGUGAUCUUGUGCCUUUGGACCGUGCAAAUGCAGUGUAUAUUGCAAAUCAUUAUCAAUCGAGUCUCACUUGUCAUGGUCAACAGAUCCCUGGCUAAGAACCUACGACUAGGAGUUUUCCUAAUCGUGCUCGCAAUUAAUAUCAGCGUCUUUUGCAUUUGGAUUCCCGCACGUCUUCAAAUUAGCAACACAUAUGUACGCGCGAACGACAUAUGGGAUCGUACAGAAAAGGCUAUAUUCGCAAUGGUCGACGUCGCCUUGAACUGCUUCUUUAUUUGGACGGUACGGACAAAUCUGAUCAAUGCAGGGCUGGCAAAGUACAAACCACUGUACCAGUUCAACAUAUUGAUGGUCUGUGUCUCCGUAUCUUUGGAUGUAUGUUACGCCUCUGUUGUCUCCCUCGUUUUCCCAUGCUAA